UGUAGCCUGUACUCUGUAGAGCCACUCAUUUUUACGAGCUGAAAGAAGUCUUUUGGGAAGCUUAAAAGCAAUUCCAUUUCUUUUUCCAUUCAAAUUACAGUUUGGAAUAUCUCAAUUCCUGCCUCCUUCCUUGCUCCGAUCGUGGUUGGCUUCAACUUCAUGAAAAUCAAACAUUUCCUGUUUCCAUAUCCCCCAGUCCACUUUUAUCUCUUAAUGCUCUCCAAUCUCUUCUCACUUGUAUUCCCUUUUACAAGUACCACAUCCUUCAACUUCCCCAGUUUCAAUUCUCAAGAUAAAAACAUAUCAUAUGAGAGAGCUUUCGCCGAAAACAAAGUUAUCCAACUCACCGCCAUUCGGGACCAACCAUGGACCGUGGGUCGUGCUACAUAUCACAGUCCAAUGCACCUUUGGGACAAUGCCUCAAAAAACCUCGCAGAUUUCACUACCCAUUUUUCUUUUGUCAUCGCUGCCACCACGCCAAAUAAAACUGCAUAUGCAGACGGGCUUGCGUUCUUCCUAGCACCUGUUGAUUCACAGAUUCUCGAUACAACAUAUAGUGGUGGGACCUUGGGUCUUACUUCCUCUGGUCUGGCACUAAACUCGACGACAAAUGAUUUUGUCGCAGUGGAGUUUGAUAUCUUUAAAAAUGAUUGGGAUCUGCAGGACGAACAUGUUGGUAUUGACAUCAAUUCCAUGGAAUCUGUUGCUAAUGCGUCGUGGUGGAGUAGUAUCUCGAUUAGAGAAGGGAAAAAAAAUGAAGCUUGGAUUAGUUAUAAUUCUACUUCUUAUAAUUUGAGCGUUAGCUAUACUGGUCUUGAAAACAAUGUCACUGUAUGGCAGUUCCUUUCUUUUAAUGUUGACUUGAGAAAACACCUACCCGAAAAAGUGACAUUUGGAUUCUCAGCCGCAACAGGAAAUUCUUCUGCAAUGCAUACCAUAUGCUCGUGGAAUUUCAGUUCCAGUUUGGUAAUCGAUGAUACCAAAACUAACAAAACUAACAAUAAGUUAGGAUUAGGCGUGGGUUUGGGUGCUGGUGGAUUGGUUUUGGUUGCUGGGUUGGCUUCGGUUCUGUUGGUCUUGUGGAAGAGGAGUGGGAGGGAUAAAGAAGAUGAUCGUGCCUUUGCUGAGUACAUGGAUGCCGAAUUCCAAGAGGGAACAGGGCCAAAAAGGUUCUCAUUCAAGGAAUUAGCUCGUGCCACGAAUAAUUUUAGUGAUGAAGAAAAGCUAGGCCAGGGAGGAUUUGGUGGCGUUUAUAAAGGAUUUUUAAGGGACUCCAAUUUCUUUGUUGCUAUUAAAAGGGUAUCAAAAGGAUCUAAGCAGGGGAUGAAGGAGUAUGCAGCAGAAGUAAAAAUUACCAGUCGAUUGAGACAUAGGAAUUUGGUACAACUCAUUGGUUGGUGCCACGAAAGAAGAGAACUCCUACUUGUCUAUGAGUUUAUGCCGAAUGGAAGCUUAGAUUCUCAUCUUUUUAAAGAAGAAAGGUUAUUGAUAUGGGAAGCAAGGUACAAAAUAGCUCAAGGCUUGGCAUCUUCCUUGCUUUACCUGCAUGAAGGAUGGGAACAAUGUGUGGUUCAUAGGGACAUAAAAUCAAGCAACAUUAUGCUUGAUUCAAACUUCAAUGCUAAACUUGGGGAUUUUGGCCUAGCUAGGCUUGUGGACCAUGCCAAAGGGUCACAAACUACUGUUUUGGCCGGCACCUUUGGCUACAUGGCUCCCGAAUGUGUCAUCAUUGGCAAGGCAAGUAAGGAAUCAGAUGUGUACAGUUUUGGAAUUGUAGCUCUAGAGAUAGCUUGUGGAAGGAAACCAAUCAACCCCAAGGCCCCUGAAGAUCAAGUUGCCUUGGUGGAGUGGGUUUGGGAGCUUUAUGGAAAAGGAGAGGUGCUUGGAGCGGCUGACUCAAGGUUGGGCAGAGACUUUGAUGGGGAGCAAAUGGAGCGCUUGAUAAUUGUUGGGAUGUGGUGUGCUCACCCUGAUCGCAACCUUAGGCCUUCAAUUAGGCAAGCAAUUCAUGUUUUCAACUUUGAAGCUCCAUUACCUCUUCUCCCAUCAUGUAUUCUCGGGCCAACAUAUCUUCCUCCAACAGUGAAUAGAUUUUCAACGCCACUUUCAAUGUCUGAUGGUGCUACCGAUUUCGAGCGCGAAAAAACGUGGUAUUCAACCUAUAGUCAGAACACCGAGGGCUGGUUUGGAGAGUAAAGUUAAAAUGUUGUAAGAAUAUAGUUUUAUAAUAUAAUUUUUAUUUGGAGAUUUGAAAAA